AUAAAAGAACAAGAAUCUAUUGACUACACAUCAGAACGUAUAUAAAUAUGCACAAGUACUUCUCCCAUUCUAAUAAUUCCAAGUUAAAGCUUAUCAAUAUUAAACUAUGCCUAGAUCAAUGGACCCUCUUGUUCUUGGACGUGUAAUAGGGGAUGUUUUGGACCCCUUUACGAGUUCAGUGUCUUUGAGAGUUGUUUAUAACUACUCAGACGUUAUCAACUCUUGUGAGUUUAAACCUUCCCAAAUCGUCAACAAACCAAGAGUUGAUAUUGGUGGAGAUGACUUAAGGAUCCUUUACAGUCUGAUAGUGGUGAACCCUGAUGCUCCUAGCCCAAGUGACCCAUAUAUGAAGGAAUAUUUGCAUUGGUUGGUGACCAAUAUUCCAGCAACUACAGGGGCAACCUUUGGAGAAGAGAUAGUGAGCUAUGAAAGUCCACGUCCAACAUCAGGGAUCCAACGUAUUGUUUUUGUGUUGUAUCGACAAUUGGGUAGACAAAUCGUGCAUGCUCCAAGAUGGCGCCAAAAUUUCGACACUAGAGAUUUUGCUGAGGUUUAUAAUCUUGGAUUACCAGUGGCUUCUGUGUAUUUCAAUUGCCAACGUGAAAGUGGUUGGGGUGGAAGAAGGAUAUAAUGUGAUGAUGACCUUUCUUUGAUAUAACCAAUUUAGCAAACAUAACACAUCAAUAAGGUUGAUCAAGUGACGCUACGCACUUUGUCUCAAUCAAUAUUAGUGUGUAACACAUUUGAAGCCUCUUCAAUUUUUUUAUGGCGAUUGGAAGCCUCUCUCUCA